UCGAUGGCCGACCACGGUGUUUGAAGUCGAAGAAAUUAAUUGGUGCACAUUGCAUAUUUUUAGUUUAGUAAUACAUUGAAUUAUGUUGUUUCAAAGAAAAUGAAGUAAAACUUAUGAGAUUACCGGCAGUGUAUACAGGUUGCUUCGGAUGUCCUGAAAGAAUUGUAAGAACUAUAGCUCACGCAAUACUCUAGAAUGGAUCCAACAUGUUCUCAAUUUAAUUUUGAUGCAUAUGAAGGGGUUAAUAAUGUCUCUUUUGACACAGAAAAUAAGACUGACAGUGAAGCCUGUGUGGUUGACAAUGAAGCUACAUCUCAAGAUAAUUCCAAGCAUAAGAUAGAUGAUAUAGAGCGCCAGGACUUUGAUGAGGAGAAUAGAAUAAUAAAUCAUUGUUCUAGUAUGAUUGUGGAUGGCAAAAUAGCCGCGAGUCCACAUUACUCCGGCAACCUGUCCAGUGCGAGCUCCAGCCUGGCGUCCAGCUCGGAGACCAUAUCCGCCUUCCCAAAUAUUAUAUCCAAUGACUACAGUUUACCUGGUUGUAGCAAAACAGAAGAUUGUGAAGAUAGUAAUGCGACAAUAAAAAAUAUGAUACAUUCUCGAAAAACUGCAAGCACAGUCGAGGAGCCUCCGAGGAAAGAAGUAUACAAGCCUGACUUUAUGCAAAAACUUCUUAGUAGCGGUGUCCAAGAGAAGAAGGAUUUUCCUAAAGGAAAGCUGUAUAAAGCGGAGCAGAUGGGUGAGAGUUCUUGCGAGAACCAUACUCCCGACGUGAGCGACCUGGAGGCGACUGGCGGGCCCUCGGGGCGCACCAGCUCCAACGCGUCCAGCAUCGGCAGCACCGGCUCGGACACCACCAAGGAGUUCUCCGUGCCGUCCACCUCCAACGCCGACAAGUUGCUAGGCCUCGACGACACCAGGAAGAAUGAGCCGGGGAGCUCCAAGUCAUCUCCCUACAUGCAGCCAUUUUGCGAUGGGGAUGAUGACUCAGAUGACGACGUCAUUGAAGAGACGUGGUGCACUUGUUUAUCAUCUCAUGAGGACGACGAGGAUGACGAAGAGCCAGAAAUUGAUGAGAGACUUUGGAGAAAGAGGCGUUACGAGCCGCCCCCGCCUCAGUACGCCAAGAAGUUCUGCCCGGACGGCGGCACUAGCGCGCUGCCCGACGGCGGCUGGCUGCAGGCGCUGCCGCCCUCCUCCAUGCCCGCCACUCUUCAAGGACCACCUGAAAUUAAGAAUUGGCUCAACAGAUUCCAAUCGUGGUCGAAUACCGAGAAAAUUCAAGCGAUAGACGCUCUGAUCGGGCGCUGCGCCGCGAGCCACGUCCGGCACAUGAUGAAGGCCAUCGAGCCGCUGUUCCAGCGGGACUUCAUCUCGCUGCUGCCCAAGGAGCUGGCGCUGACGGUGCUGGGCUACCUGCAGCCCAAAGACCUGCGCCGCGCCGCGCAAACUUGCCGAUACUGGAGGUUCCUUGCCGACGACAAUCUACUAUGGAAGGAGCAGUGCCGCCGCAUAGGCAUUACGACACUCAAGAAGAUGCCUCGGUCGCUGCCCCGCUGCGUGAGCCCCUGGAAAGCGGCCUACAUGCGCCAAUACCUGAUUGAGAACAACUGGCUGCACAAACCGGUCAACAACCCCAUCAUGAUGAGAGGACAUGAUGAUCACGUCAUCACCUGCUUGCAGUUCUACGGAAAUCGCAUUCUUAGCGGCAGCGACGACACUACGCUGAAAGUGUGGUCGGCUAUUACAGGAAAGUGCCUGCGCACGCUGGUGGGGCACUCGGGCGGCGUGUGGUCGUCGCAGAUGGUGGGCGACCUGGUGAUCAGCGGGUCCACGGACCGCACGCUGCGAGUGUGGGACGCCAAGACCGGCCAGUGCCAGAAGGUGCUCGCCGGGCACACCUCCACGGUGCGCUGCAUGCAUCUCUACAACAACAGGGUGGUGUCGGGGUCGCGCGACGCCACGCUGCGCGUGUGGUCCAUCCCCGAGGGCCGCUGCCUGCGCGUGCUGGUGGGCCACCUGGCGGCCGUGCGCUGCGUGCAGUACGACGGCAAGGUGGUCGUGUCCGGCGCCUACGACUACUUCGUCAAGGUGUGGAACCCGGACACCGGCGAGUGCCUGCACACGCUCGCGGGGCACACCAACCGCGUCUACAGUCUACAGUUCGACGGCGUGCACGUGGUGAGCGGGUCGCUGGACACGUCGAUCCGCGUGUGGGACGUGGAGUCGGGCCAGCUGAAGCACACGCUGACCGGCCACCAGUCGCUCACCUCCGGCAUGGAGCUGCACUCCAACAUACUCGUCUCCGGCAACGCCGACUCCACCGUCAAGGUGUGGGACAUCACCACCGGACACUGCCUUCACACGCUCUCAGGUCCUAACAAACACCAGUCUGCGGUGACGUGCCUGCAGUCGAGCAACCGGUUCGUGAUAACGUCGUCGGACGACGGCACGGUGAAGCUGUGGGACGUGCGCACCGGCGAGUUCAUCCGCAACCUCGUGGAGCUCAGCUCGGGCGGCUCCGGCGGCGUGGUGUGGCGCAUCCGCGCCUCCGCCACCAAGCUCAUCUGCGCCGUCGGCUCGCGCAACGGCACCGAGGAGACCAAACUGCUCGUCCUCGACUUUGACGUGCCCGGCGCUUGUCGCAAGUGCGACGAAUAGCAUCGACUCAACCGACGCUUGAUGCGUCGCUACGUCAACCUGUACGCGCCGUGGAACUUCUAAACGCGUCGUCUGUGUCACCCUGGUUUGUCCGUGCAUGGGACGGCAAAAGCGACUCAUGUUAUGCGGGUGGUUGUUCAUGCUUACAAUUUAAAUCGUCGACACACUCGUCACGAGACAACCAUCAUUCCUAUAAUAAUAAAUAAAUAACGCGAGGCAAUCAGACACAAUUGGACUAGGUCCCGAAUCAUGACCUAUCUAUAGUAUAAGAAAUUAAUGACACAAUAUACGUACAAGUUGCAUUUAUUCCUCGAGUAAUUAUCAAUUUGUUUAUUGUUAUAUAGUUUCCUCCGUACGCAAUUAUGUUAGUUUAAAAUCAAUCAUACACUUAAGUGAUUUCAAAUUAUAAUUUGAAAUAAUGUAUAUUUACAAAAACACUUGUAUUUUCAAUAUUUGUCAUGGGUGUAGAGGCAUAAGGAUAGAUUUCACGUUUUGGCCGAUCCAUGCAUGUGUACAAACAACACUAAGAUGUCAUCACUGUCCAAUGAACAGACCUGUGUUGAGUUCUCGUAGUAUCCGUGGAGUGUGGACGAUGCUCCGUUUUAUACAAAGCUACCCACCGGCCGGCUCUGUGUGCGAGUCUCAGUAGUCUAGCGCGGACGGGUCGCCUGUUCGCGGAACUCAAGUAUCCAUGUACUCAACUGGUAAACUAAUUCAACAUUAUUACAUUAUGUAACAAGUAUAGUCCUUAAUAUUAAUCAUUAAAUUUGUUCACUCGAUCAACAUGAUGGCUUAAUGCCAUCACUAUUGCCAAAUUUCAAAUGUAUGCUUCAUUAUCCCAAAGAAUUAUAAAAGCAUUGGGUAGGUAUUAAGUUAAUUACUAUGCAUAAAUAAAAAUAUUUGACGACGGUUCUGUUACAAAAACUGCUCUAUAGUACCGCCUCGUUUAACAAUUUUUGGUUUUAGUAAGCAUUCAACUGUUAAAAGAUUUUUUUUGUUAGUUCACUAUUCCGCGCGUUGUAAGUGGAAUGCCAGUCUUAUGGUCAGCCGUGUGGAUUUACGCGGUGUCCAUGCCACUACACUAUUCAGAAGUGGUAGGGUGAAUAUUUACCUAUAUGUAUGUGUUUUAUUUUUUGAUUAAAAAAUAUUUGAAAGAACUUUUUUUCUUAAGCGACUACUACUGCAAUAACAUUAUUUCUGAUUACGUCUUCAUAUUAAGUUUCUUACUGACGAAAUAAUGACAAUAUAGUAGGCCACAAUAAAUAAUAAAAUCUAGCAGUAGUAAAAUCUCUAUCUAUAUAGCCGGGUCCACACAGCAAGAAUACGGGCGAGGUAAUUUCGGCCAGUGUAGAAGUGCCUCGGCGGCAUUGCCUCGGGCGAGGCAUGUUUACACUGGCAGUUUAGUGCGCGAGGAAAUUGUGUCGCGCUUAUGCUCGCUCUGUGUGGACCCGGCUAAUGUGAAAUGAUAACAUUCAAUUGUUAAUGAGUUAGGGAAUCUGAUAUACAUUGGCACAAAUGUGGUAGUAGUCGCAAGUAACUUAUCGAUAAGCAUAAUAGUAUUCGGCACGCCAGUUAUUGUAAAAUUUUAUUCUUGUUCUGUUGUAUUCAUUUUUAUACUAAUACAACAGUAUUUCAUUGGUAAUCGUCCCUUAUCUAUAUUUUCGUGUCUUUUAAUAGUUGUUUAUAGCUGCUACAUAAUAAAAGGCAUUAACAUAAAACAUCACAUUUGUGCUGUAAUGCCUGAUUAUGUAUAGUUACAUACACUGCUUAUCUACACACAUAUCAUAAGCUCUCCAUGAUGUGUUCAGGAACCGCAUAUAACAACCGCCACUGCAGCAUUUGAUCAUGAUCACACUGUUGGCAUUAGACAUUUCGUUUCGAAUAAAACGUCAUCUCGACAGAUACUGGAACUGAGGUCAAAUCAAAUUCCUUUAAUUUUCAGAGUUGUUCGAAAUUUAAAUGUAAUUAUUAAAUCGAUAUCGAUGUAGUUGUAGAAUUAAACGAAGAAAAGUCUGCAAUGAUUUUGAUAGCACACACAGUGCAAGUGUUAUUUUUAUAAGUCAUAUUUUCAUAAAACUUUGACAUUUAAAACAACACUUGCAACACGUGUGCUAUCAAAAUUAUUGCAGACUUAUCGUGGUCGAAAUGUAACAACGUUAUCGCAAUAAUAACAUUUUCACAGAUAAUAAAUAUGUUCUAUUAAGACAGUGAUAUUUAUGCUGUCUGGAUUUUGCGGUUUUUGUAUGCACCAUAGAAGGUUUAUGAUACGAGUAUGUGUGUAGAUAAAAUUACAUAUUUUCCAUCGUUGAUAUUUUAUUGCGAAUUUCUUUUGACAUGUCCUGUGUUUAAUGUUUUUUUUUAAUUCAAUUGACUCUGUAUGUUUGUUUAAAUUUUAGUUUGUAGCUAUAAUACGUUAAUAAUGCUAAUGCGAUGUGUUAAAUAUUAUUAUUCUCCCUUUAAUUGAUGGCCAGCAAUUUUUAUUAAUUAAAUUCCUAAACAUAGUCUGGUAAGAUAAAAUAAUAAUGUAUAUCUAAUUGUAAACUUGAUAAACAAUUCCGACUCAUAAUAAUAAUACCGAAUUAAGCUGUAAACAAUGUUGAAUAGUAUCGGUGCCAGCCGCACCGUGCACAGCGCACCGCGCACCGUGCACGCGGCAACCGCUGCUGCCGCCCGCUCGGCGCCCGCAGCCGUGUAUUGUUGUGUAUAUAAAUUAUAAUCAUAAAGUAAUGUGAUCAUUGGAGGGCGAAGUCAACGCCUCUGUUCUAUGAUGGCUGAUUUAAUUAAUAAUUAAACAAAGACUGAAGCAUAGGUAUAGCGUUAUAUUUAAAGUAUUAAUGUAGUUACUCCUAUGUACUACCGAUCAUCACACUGGGUAUACCUUUGUUGACUCUCGUCAUCAUUUUGUUCAAACGUGUUUCGGUUUAGUUUUGAAUAAAAAUGUAUGUAUAUUAUUAUGUUAUAUGUUGUUAAGCUUUCGCGGGGCCGUGACUCCACUUUGGUAAUUAUUGAAAAUGUCACCUAGUUAUGUCUUAGAUUUAGUUUCUUUUGCAUUCUUUCUCUGCCCAGGUACUGCGCAAUAGCUUAUGUAAAAUGAAUAAAGUGAUAUCGACGAUAAAGCGCCUGUAUAUCGCGGUGGUAGAUCUGUCUGUAGGUUUGCAUAAGUAAUCAUCAUCAUCAUCAUAAGUCGCCGCGCGGCGGCCGCCGGUCGUACGUACACACUCAUUGGUGUCGUACCUUUUACCAAAUGAGUUAACGACAUAAGAAAUGAGCCUUCUCCGCCAGGUUUCCCUCGGGCCCCGGUUCCUUGUGAACCCCCUUUCUUUAAUAAUUUCCAUCUUUAAUUUGUCAUUUGGUUACGAUGAUAACGAUUGUGAAUCAUUAAUAUAUAGCUACGUACGACGGCGAUCAACAUCGCCUUUUGUUAUAUUUCUUUUGUCUUCACUACUUUGCUUUUACUGUACGAUUAUUAAAUAAAUCUUAUUGUUUUCAACAA